UUUAUUUAUGUUGUUGUUGCAUUGUCCACUGAUUAACGCGCGGUAACACAGUGACCCUCUCAAGCAAGUUGAAUCGCCUAUGUCUGAUAGGAGUAAACAGGAUUCUGCUAAUCGUUAUGAAAUUCAUGCACACGCCGAAGCUGGCACGUCAGCUGACGCGCGCAAAGACAGCUCGGCGGUCGAUGUUGUUGGCACGCUCAACGUGAUCGCCCGAAAGCAGGGCUCGCAUGGAGCAUCCCUACGCUAUUUCGGCGGCUGUCUUGUGCUCGGUGGACUAAUUGCGUUGCUAUUUUUCGCCCCGGCGCUUUGUCCCCUUGCUUUCCUCGGGUUUGUGGUGACGUGCCUGCCAUACCGGGUGCACAGCUUCACCAAGCGCAAGUGGGUUUUCUUCCUCGUGGACUACUGCUAUUUCGCAAACCUCGCCGCCGCGGCGUUUCUGGUGUGGGCGCCCGCACAUGCCGGCUGGGAGGCUGCGGCGUACGCCAGUGUCGAGGGCCCGCUGGCAGGGGCGCUGGUGGCGUGGCAGUGCGCUUGGGUGAUGGGCUCGCCCGACCACAUCAUCACGGUGCUGAUGCACAGCCUGCCCGGCCUUGCGUUGUUCUGCCACCGCCGCCUGGCACACACCCGGCAGCCGCUGCAGCUGGCAGCGGAGCUGGCGGCGGCGCUCUGGCGGCCGGAGGCGGCGGCGCCACCGGUGCCGGGGCAGGCGGCGGCGGUGGCCACGUCAGCAGCAGCAGCAGCAGCAGCUUGGGGCCGGGGCGGUGGGAGUACGGUGGAGGCGGCGCCAGCCGGGUUCGGUGCUACAGCUUGGGAGGCGGCUGGGUCGCGUGCUACUGCUGCCGGCGCUGGGCUCUUGCGUCGCUUGGUGGCAGCGGCGGAUGUGGCCCGGGGACGUGUGCCGUGCGGCGCUGCAGCAGCAGCAGCAGCAGCAGCAACAGACGGGGCGGCGGGACCGGCAGCAGGGUUAAUGGCGUGCUACGCCAUGCCGCUGCCGCCGACCGCCUGCCCCGCGCCGGCGUGGCUGUGGCUGGCGGCGGCGCCGAUGCUGUUCUACUUGGCCUGGCAGCUGCUGUACUUCGUGGUAGUGCAGGUGUGCAGCCGUCGGCUCAUCCUGGCGCGCGGGUACGACACCAGCUACCGCUCUCUGGCGCGGCGGGCGCAGCGCUCGGGCUCUGCGCUGAACAGGCUGGUGCGGAGCGGCGGCGUGGCGCGGCGGCUGCUCAUGUUCGGGCUGCUGCAACUGCUGUUUACGCUGGUGACGCUGGCGCUGGCGGUUGCGACGUACCACAGCGUUGAGGCGGCGGUGGCGUGGCAGGUCGUCAAGCUCCUGCUCCCCCUGUACCUGGGCGCAGUGCACACCUGCGAGCGGGCGCCCGUCCAGGAGCUGCGGGCGGCGGCGGCGCAGAUGGCGGCGGCGGGGCUGCUGGCGGCGCCAGCUGCGGAGGCGCUUAGGGCGGAGGCGCUCAGAGCGGAGGCGGCCGGGAAGCACAGAGUGGAGGGCAAGGCCCGGGGUAAGGUUGAGUAGGGUUAGGGUAGGUGAUGGGCGUUCCAGAUUGGAGGCCGCAGUCUCACUACCGCCACCCCUGGGUGUUUGGCGCCCCUGUACGGUAUGUCUAUAUAUGGAUUAUAUGUGGCCCUCUCUGGUGCAAGCAUGCACCAAAACGAAAGUAAGCCGUCCAGGGCAGGCGUGCUGACUUUGUUUGCCUUGCUGUGUGGCGUAGCGUUCCACCAAGCCGGUGCCAGGCAGCGUGCGCGUGUUCAAAGUCGGCAUAGGGUCGCUCGAUCUGUUCUGGGGAAAUGAUGGGGAAGUGAUUGGGGAAAUGGACGCCAGGGCUGGUGCCGUGCCGGUUGGAUGCUGCUGCAGCUGCUGCACCGUGUGUGUGCAUGCCUGCCGCUUAAUGCACGUGGGCUGCAAGUCUACCCGGAAUUAGAUGGGUACACAGUUACAUCCUGAGCAUGCACUCAACAUGGCAAGGGUUGCGGGGGGGGAGCACAGGGGUGGUAGCCAUGCGUGCGGUGCCGGGGUGGGUGGUAAAGUAGGGCGAGUGGGCGAAUGGGGUGUCCGGGAGGUAGGGGUGGCGAACGGGUACGUGUGGAACUGCCGCCAGCCAGGCCUGUGGCCCUUUGUAUGAUCGAUCC